UUAUUUGCCAUUGAUAAUAUCGAAGAAAAGAAAAUCGAGCACGGCUUGAAUGGCAUGGAUCACGAAGAUGAGGAUGUUCCGCCAAUCGUACGAUUAAGAUUGAGAGCUAUCGAAAUACAGCUGCCGGCUUUGCCGGCUCAUGAACGAUUGUUAUUCAACGCGAUUUAUGAUAGAGAUACAUAUGAGCACGAGCGGCUUCUAGAGCAGAAGUAUCAGUUAGAUGAAAAUUUUCUGGCUCUUCAGGAAGAAAUUGACGCCGGAAUGCGAUACUUUGUGGUGGAAUGGUUCUCUAAUGUGGUCACGGAUUUCGGAUUUUCCGCGGUUAAACUUAUGCAACCAAAAAGUUUUAUCACAUCUUUCAUCCGGAUUAAAUUCUAUUACUGA